AAGAGGAGCAUGGAAGUAGAAGUCUUGACUGAGCGCGUGGAAUAGAGGAACAUGAUAUACGAUUAAAGAACAAGGGAAUUACGGAAAACAAAACACACAGGGAAGAAAGAUGCAGGCGAUUCGAAGGUCGAUGGCCAGGUUGCUGGUGCCGGCGAGGAGUAGAAACCAUUACGUUGUUCGCCAUGUUCCCAGCCGGUUUUCGUUUAUGAGGAUGUACAGUACCGAACCAGCUGAGUCAAUACCAGACGACGAAUAUAUUCUAAGUCCCGAACUACGCGCGAAAGCGGAAUCGCUCAAGGCCGAAUACGACCAACUGACCGCGUCACUGGCGGAGGCCUACGACAAUGCAAAGAUGCGGCAACACGCGAAACUCGAGGCGCUGGUGAACUACGCGACCGCGUACGAGCGGUCCUCGGCCGAGCUCGCGGAUCUGGAGGAGCUCGCGUCCGCGACGGAUAAGGACUCGUUGCAGUUGCGGGAUGAGGCGUUGGGGGAGAUGCAGGAGAUCAAGGUCAGCAUGGCGGGGUUGAAGGAGAAGAUUCAGAGGUUGCUGAUUCCGCCGCAUCCGUUUGCGGAUUAUCCAUGUAUCAUGGAGUUCCGGCCGGGCGUGGGCGGGUCCGAGGCUGCGAUUUUCACCAAGAAUCUGAUGGAGAUGUACCAAAACUACUGCCAGAACAUGCGCUGGAAGUUCUCGGUGCUGGAGUACCACCCGUCCGGCGACGGCUCCGGGAUCACGGAAGGCAUCCUCGCGAUCGAAGAACCGGGCGCGUACGACCGCCUGCGGUUCGAAGGCGGCGUUCAUCGCGUGCAGCGGAUUCCCGAGACAGAGUCGAAAGGACGGGUGCAUACCUCGACCGCGGCCAUAGUCGUGCUUCCGCAACUCGACCAAGGCGACGAGAACUCGAACGAAGCCGAGCGGUCGUUCGCGCCGGGCGAAGUGCGCGUGGACGUCAUGCGCGCGCGGGGCGCGGGCGGGCAGCACGUCAACACGACUGACUCUGCCGUUCGGCUGACGCAUAUCCCGACGGGAAUCGUGGUCGCGAUGCAGGACCAGCGAUCACAGCAUAAAAACAAGGCGCGGGCGUAUAUGAUUCUGCGGGCGCGGCUGGCGGAGAAAGAACAUAACGAGAAAGUGAUCAAGGAUCGCCAGGCGCGGACGUCGCAGGUGACGACCACGGACCGGUCGGAUAAGUUGCGGACGUACAAUUAUCCGCAAAACAGAGUGACUGAUCACCGGUGCGGGUUUACGAUGCAUGAUUUGCCGGGCUGUAUGGAUGGGUCGGCGCUCGAUACUUUGCUGGAUAAGGUGCAGGAGUGGGCUACGAACGAGGAGGUUAAGAAUCUCCAGUUCCAAUGAUGUAUAUAUGUAUAAUAAUAG